CACCAGAGUUAUCACCCAUGCCCUCCUAAAAGGGUGUCUCGAAGCAUAUCUUGCUGUAGAGCAGAAUUUGGAACUGAGAAGACGAGGGCUCAAAUUGAAUCUCACAGGAUUUGUGUGCAAGAGAAACCCAAAGGAAUGGAUUGGCUCUUCUUCAGAAACAUUUACCUUUUGAUCAUUCUAAUGGUGGUGAUGGAAGUAAACAGUGAAUUUAUUGUUGAGGUGAAGGAAUUUGACAUUGAAAAUGGCACUGCAAAAUGGCAAACAGUCAGAAGACAAAAGCGGGAGUGGAUCAAGUUUGCCGCAGCCUGUCGAGAAGGAGAGGACAACUCGAAGAGGAACCCCAUUGCCAAAAUUCGAUCAGACUGCGAAUCAAACCAGAAGAUAACAUACCGAAUUUCUGGGGUAGGGAUCGAUCGACCACCAUAUGGGGUAUUCACCAUUAAUCCUGGCACUGGGGAAAUUAACAUCACUUCAGUGGUAGACAGAGAGAUAACUCCACUUUUCUUGAUCUAUUGCCGAGCUCUGAAUUCACGGGGUGAAGACUUAGAAAAGCCUCUUGAGCUUAGAGUCAAAGUUAUGGACAUAAAUGAUAACGCUCCAGUCUUUUCACAAAGUGUAUACACAGCCAGUAUUGAAGAAAAUAGUGAUGCCAACGCAUUGGUAGUAAAGUUAUGUGCCACAGAUGCAGAUGAAGAAAAUCAUCUGAAUUCUAAAAUUGCCUACAAGAUCGUCUCUCAGGAGCCGUCAGGUGCACCCAUGUUCAUUCUGAAUAGGUACACUGGAGAAGUCCGCACCAUGUCCAGUUUCUUGGACAGAGAGCAACACAGUAUGUACAACCUGGUUGUGAGAGGCUCAGAUCGGGAUGGAGCUGCAGAUGGACUGUCUUCUGAAUGUGACUGUAGAAUCAAGGUUUUAGAUGUCAACGAUAAUUUCCCCACCUUAGAGAAAACUUCAUACUCAGCCAGUAUCGAAGAGAAUUGUUUAAGUUCAGAACUGAUACGAUUACAAGCAAUUGAUCUUGAUGAAGAAGGCACCGAUAAUUGGUUGGCGCAAUAUUUAAUUCUCUCUGGAAAUGAUGGGAAUUGGUUCGAUAUUCAAACAGACCCACAAACCAAUGAAGGCAUUUUGAAAGUUGUCAAGAUGCUGGAUUAUGAACAAGCACCUAAUAUUCAGCUUAGUAUCGGAGUUAAAAACCAAGCUGAUUUUCACUACUCCGUUGCUUCUCAAUUCCGAAUGCACCCAACCCCUGUGAGAAUUCAAGUUGUUAAUGUGAGAGAAGGACUUGCAUUUCAUCCAAGUACUAUGGCUUUUAGUGUGCGGGAAGGAAUAAAAGGAAGUUCCUUAUUGAAUUAUGUGCUUGGCACAUAUACAGCUAUAGAUUUGGACACAGGAAACCCUGCAACAGAUGUCAGAUAUAUCAUAGGGCAUGAUGCAGGCAGCUGGUUAAAAAUUGAUUCAAGAACUGGUGAGAUACAACUUUCUAGAGAAUUUGAUAAGAAGUCAAAAUAUAUUAUCAAUGGGAUAUACACAGCAGAGAUCCUGGCUAUAGAUGAUGGCUCUGGAAAAACAGCUACAGGAACCAUAUGUAUUGAGGUUCCUGAUAUCCAUGAUUAUUGUCCAAACAUUUUUCCUGAAAGAAGAACCAUCUGCAUUGACUCUCCAUCAAUCCUUAUCUCUGUUAAUGAACACUCUUAUGGGUCUCCGUUUACUUUCUGUGUUGUUGAUGAGCCACCGGGAACAGCUGACAUGUGGGAUGUCAGAUCAACAAAUGCCACCUCGGCAAUCCUUACGGCUAAGCAGGUUUUAUCUCCAGGAUUUUACGAAAUCCCAAUCCUGGUGAAGGACAGCUAUAACAGAGCAUGUGAAUUGGCACAGAUGGUGCAGUUAUAUGCCUGCGAUUGCGAUGACAACCACAUGUGCCUGGACUCUGGUGCCGGGGGCAUCUACACAGAGGACAUAACUGGUGACACGUAUGGGCCUGUCACUGAAGACCAAGCUGGAGUUUCAAAUGUUAGUCUUGGACCAGCAGGGAUCGGCAUGAUGGUUCUGGGCAUCCUGCUACUGCUUUUGUCUCCACUCUUGCUGCUCCUGUGUUGCUGCAAACAGAGACAGCCAGAAGGCCUGGGAACAAGAUUUGCUCCUGUGCCUGAGGGUGGAGAAGGAGUGAUGCAGUCUUGGAGAAUUGAAGGGGCCCAUCCCGAGGACAGGCUUUUUAGCGCCUACGCCUUGCCCGGUGGUGUUGGCACCGCAGAUGGCGGCGGCGGCAGCGUUUUAGGUAGAUGCGCGCUGCAGGCAACUCGAGCGCUGUUACACCAACAUCCUCCCUUUUCAGAAAUCUACACCAACACCUAUGCAGCCGGGGGCACGGUGGAAGGAGGUGUAUCGGGAGUGGAGCUCAACACAGGUAUGGGGACAGCCGUUGGCCUCAUGGCCGCAGGGGCCGCAGGAGCCGCAAGGAAGAGGAGCUCUACCAUGGGAACCCUGCGGGACUACGCUGACUCAGACAUCAACAUGGCUUUCUUGGACAGCUACUUCUCGGAGAAAGCAUAUGCUUAUGCAGAUGAAGAUGAAGGUCGACCAGCCAAUGACUGCUUGCUCAUUUAUGACCACGAGGGAGUCGGGUCUCCCGUAGGCUCUAUUGGUUGUUGCAGUUGGAUUGUGGAUGACUUAGAUGAAAGCUGCAUGGAAACUUUAGAUCCAAAAUUUAGGACUCUUGCUGAGAUCUGCUUAAACACAGAAAUUGAACCAUUUCCUUCACACCAGGCUUGUAUACCAAUCAGUACUGACCUCCCUUUGCUUGGACCUAAUUACUUUGUUAAUGAAUCUUCAGGAUUGACUCCCUCAGAAGUUGAAUUCCAAGAAGAAAUGGCAGCAUCUGAACCUGUGGUCCAUGGGGAUAUUAUUGUGACUGAGACUUACGGUAAUGCUGAUCAAGGUGUGCAACCCACUACAAUUAUUUUUGAUCCUCAGCUCGCACCCAAUGUUGUAGUAACUGAAGCAGUAAUGGCACCUGUCUAUGAUAUUCAAGGGAAUAUUUGUGUACCUGCUGAGUUAGCAGAUUACAACAAUGUAAUCUAUGCUGAGAGAGUGCUGGCUAGUCCUGGUGUGCCUGACAUGAGCAAUAGUAGCAUGACUGAUGGUUGUAUGGGACCUGUGAUGAGCGGCAAUAUUUUAGUAGGGCCAGAAAUUCAAGUGAUGCAAAUAAUGAGUCCAGACCUUCCCAUAAGCCAAACCGUUGGCUCCACAUCCCCAAUGACAUCUCGACACAGAGUAACACGAUACAGUAACAUACAUUACACCCAACAGUAAGUGCUUUAUGGUCAGUAUUCUAUAUGGAGACCUUGCACCUUGUAAUCACCAAUACAUCCACCAAAAAUAUAUAAUGUACCAUAUAUAUUAAUAGUCAACAAAUACUCAGAUAUUCUAAGUUCAAUGCCAUUAUCUGAUUAUACCAUUUUGAGGGUGAAUAUGGCUAGGCACUUUAGAUAAGCCUUUUUAAAAUUCUUUCUGAUUUUAAAUAAUGUGUCAAAAAAUGUGCAGAAAAAUGUAUUGCAUCCCUUGAUACUGUCUAAUGAAUAGCACAUAACUCAUAUUGUGAAUCCUAUGGGUCUUGAGGCCCGUAGAACCAGUCUUGUAAACCAAGAUGCCUUGUUCUUGGAAGUUACAAAAGAAGCCCUGUCUACAUCCACCAGCCAUAUUUUUCUUUAGAGAAAUAUUUAUAUUAAAAUUUUUAAUUGAAAAGUUGAAUGAAAUGUACAUUUCUGAAAGGAACGUAGAGUAUCUGUCAAUAUCUUUAAAUAUCUGAAGUCGUUUGUCUCUUCAAAAGAUUUUUCAAGAUUAUGCGCUAUUAAGCAAUAGGGGAUGCUUAAUAUAAUAAGAAAAGAGUUUGCCAACUGAAAGCAUGGCUGGAAAUGGUUCAUCAAAGAAAAAUAUAUAUUUUUAUUGAACUUUAUUGAUUUAUAUGAUUAACUGUAAAUUAAUCUAGAAUAGCAAAAAAAAUGACAAUCCUAAAGUAGAAAGAGUUAUUGGGGAAAUAUUAGAGUUUUCCCCACUUACAGGGAAUUUUUUCCCUACUGUUGCCAAUUAUGUCAGAAAAAUACAUGAAAUAUGGCUUAAUCAAUUUCAUUGACCUGAAUCAUAGAGCUUUCAGCUUGCAACCAGAUAUUUUCCAAAAACACUCUGUAGUUAUUCAUAUAUUCAACAAUAUUUACUUAGAAGCAACUAGGUGUUGAGUGCUAGUCUUGGCUCUGUGAAUGUACAGGUAAAGAAGACAGACAUGGUUUCUGCCUUCAUAGAGCUUCUAUUCGUUUCUAGACUUAAAAUAAAACUCUGGGAUAUGGCUUUAAGUUCCUAACAACAAUAAUUAACCAACUAUUUAAGUCCAUUACCAAGUUGUGUUUCUCUUUGCAACACUACUGUUUAUGUUGAAUAAAUAAAAUGGAAACACUUUGCUUACUUUUAGUAGGCAUAAAGCUGACUUGAGAAAAAAGAAACUCUAGCCAGGUAAUUUUACUUAAUUCUGUAAAAUAUGUAUACAGUAGCAGCAAUAAUGUGACUGAGAUAAUGUAAAUGAAAUAAACUUAUUUUCAAGGCUUAAUCCUUUUGAAAGGAAA